AUGACUGAAAGAAUCUGCUCGGAAGAGAGAUGCAUCACGAAACCCAGAACCUUUUCACGCUGCUCUAAGCUUCACGAGCAUCAGGAAUCCCCAGGAAGCCUUGAAAUACUCAGCGCUGACAGGACUGCGGUGCGGGCAGCGAAGCCCACAAGUUGCUCUAAGAUUUGCCCGACUGUCUUCCCCACAGGUAUAGAUUAUAAGACUACAACGAUUCUUCUGGAUGGCCGACGAAUCAAGCUACAGCUCUGGGAUACGUCAGGACAAGGGAGAUUCUGCACCAUAUUUCGGUCUUAUUCAAGAGGUGCUCAGGGAGUAAUACUAGUGUACGAUAUUACAAAUCGUUGGUCGUUUGAUGGAAUCGAUCGAUGGAUAAAAGAAAUAGAUGAGCAUGCUCCUGGUGUACCAAAAAUCCUGGUUGGAAAUCGCCUUCACUUAGCCUUCAAGCGCCAAGUAUCUACUGAACAAGCACAAGCCUAUGCCGAGAGGCUGGGCAUGACUUUUUUUGAAGUCAGUCCGCUUUGUAAUUUCAAUAUUACAGAGUCCUUUACUGAGCUGGCAAGAAUAGUGUUGAUGAGACAUGGAAUGGACAGGCUCUGGAGGCCAAACAAGGUACUGAGUCUGCAAGACCUUUGUUGCCGUGCCAUAGUUUCCUGCACCCCUGUGCAUCUCGUUGACAAGCUCCCUCUCCCUGUUGCCUUAAGAAGCCACCUCAAAUCUUUCUCCAUGGCAAAUGGCCUUAAUGCGAGGAUGAUGCACGGACGCUCGUACUCCCUCACAUCCAGCAACAUCAGUAAAAGGAACAGCUUAAAGAAAGCGAAAAUCAUCCGUCCACAGAGCCCACCAAAAAACUGUACAAGGAACAGCUGUAAAAUAUCCUGAGCUCUCUGGGGGGGAAGGAAUCCCCUCAGUGAUGCGUUGAACACAAGGAUUCCUCAUUUAAUGGCUGAGCACCUCCUAUGUAUGUAUCACACUACAUAGACAAAAAUAAGAAGAAUAAGUCUUAUUUUAGAGCUUGCUCACUGAAGUCAUGCUGCUUUGGAAUGAGUGACACGUUCAGUGCAACUGAAAGGAUGUGACACUUCGCUGUUGGAUUUUCAUGCUGCGUUUUAGUUUCUGAUGUGUGUGAUGCCACUGUCUCCACUAGUAGAUGUGUUUUCAUAUCAGGGAUAAUUAUUAUAUUCAGUUCUUAAUUCUAUGAAAUCUGGAAAGUGA